AAUGGUGUUCGAAGUACUCAGAAGCAGCUGAACGAGUCCCAGCUGUUGAGUGAGUGAAUGGUUUACAAGUGCCGGUAACAUUGAAACGUUUUCUUUUAUAUAAUAAUUGUGCCAUAUAUAAAAAUGAACUCGUAUUUAACCAGAGACUAGGGUACCUAUCCCGCUUCCACCCAUCCACUCCCAGUGCCGGAAAACCGACAACUGCCGACCAAAGCUGCCGACAAUCGACUCUGCUCUCAAUACUAUCGCAUGAUACAAUAACUUAGAAGAUAUGACACUAGCCGGUUCCAAUCUUGUCGAGUUCGGCGCAUUACGUCAUGUGGUAGUGCUGCGAACUACAACACCUGGGAAGCAGCUAACAUCCUGCGUUAGGAGGAUUAAAAUUUCUAGGACUCCAAUUUAUUUGAUCGUUCGAUACCCGAGAUUGAAGGUUGUCGACAUGGAAAACAACAGGAACACCGGAAACGCCGGAGCCCCACCGCAAGAAAUGCCGACGUGGUUCGUUCGUUGGUUAAACUCCCAACAACCAAGGAAUGUGCCAAACUUCGCGGCGCCAUCGACGUCGACAGCGGUUCAAAGACCGCAAGCCAUCCUUCAGGUACGUCCAAGUACCAGCGCCGCCGCUGAUGUCGAUGGUUGGCAAGUCACUCCACUACCUAGCGACGGGACGACUUCGCCAGAACCCGACCCGGAAAUUCCGGUAGCUCCGGAACCAGCCCCUCUUGCGAGCCCUCUUGUGCAAGAGCCGGGAAGUUCGACCACAUCAGCGACUUCGGGAGCAGUGAUGGCCUCACCACCUAUGCCAAUCACAACAGACAAUGUGGCCGCAAUUUCCGGAGUACUCCGGAGCUUGCUGGAUCGCCCACUUCCAGCUCCUGAACGACCAUCUUUCGAAGGCCUGAAAAGGCAAAAUCCGGUGAAAUUCUUACGAGCCAUUGAAGAAUAUGGACGUUUUUUCGGGCUCGACUCGCAGCGUCUUUUGGGAGUCGCCAUGGAUUGCUUGAAAGGCAAUGCCAAACAUUGGACGGGAAUAUUCCAGAAGAAGUGGCGUGGUUACGAGGACUUUCGACGGGACUUUCUCCGGACCUACUGGUCGGCCAAGCGUCAACGGGACAUCAGAUUUCAAAUCGCUACAGGCCGCUAUGACGAAACCAGGGGCACGAUGCUGUCGCAUUUUGCUUAUUACGUCGACAUGGCGAACAUGUUAACAACACCUUUAUCGGAGGAAGUGUUGCUGGAUGAAUUACUGCGUCACUUCCCCGAAAGAAUACAGUCGUUGUGGGUAUUAGAGAAAAUCUGUACCACCACGGAUGCCGCCGAAUUCCUGGCAGCUCAAGAAAUUCCGGGACAAAAUCCGGGAGAGAAAACCAACAUCGCUCCCAGGGAACGACCCCGCGCAACAGACCACCAGCGGCGUAACGAGCCAAAGCGCCCGCGGCCAAACAUUGACCGCCACGAAGUAACUCGUCCUGCGGCUCCUGCAAAUCGUGGAAAUGGUUUCCCAAAACGCUCAAGUGACGAACAACAAUGGCGCAACAACCAACCCAGCACCAGCAACAACCGUUGGCACAAUAACAACGGAAACAACAGCAACAAUCACUGGCGCAAAAACAACCCCAACGACAACCGCAACAACACAAGUUCGAGAGCGCAGGGUGAAACAUCACGAAACUCCAAGAAUUCGGGAAACGGGGGCGGAGUACAGGACGGGGCCUAAAGUACUCCGGCCAGCAGCACGGCCCACAAAGC